GCCGCAGCCGCCGCCGCUGCCACUCCUGCUCUCUCUGCGCCGCCGCCGCUACUGCCACCGCCACCGGCUGAGUCGCAGCCCCGAGGAGAUCCCAGCCAUCAUGUCCAUAGAGAAGAUCUGGGCCCGGGAGAUCCUGGACUCCCGUGGGAAUCCCACGGUGGAGGUGGAUCUCUGCACUGCCAAAGGUCUCUUCCGGGCUGCAGUGCCCAGUGGAGCCUCCACUGGGAUCUAUGAGGCCCUGGAGCUGAGAGAUGGGGACAAACAGCGUUACUUAGGCAAAGGUGUCUUGAAGGCAGUGGACCACAUCAACACCACCAUCGCACCAGCCCUCAUCAGCUCAGGUUUCUCUGUGGUGGAGCAGGAGAAGCUGGACAACCUGAUGUUGGAGUUGGAUGGGACUGAGAACAAAUCCAAGUUUGGGGCCAAUGCCAUCCUGGGUGUGUCCCUGGCCGUGUGUAAGGCAGGGGCAGCUGAGCGGGAAUUGCCCCUAUAUCGCCACAUUGCUCAACUGGCUGGGAACUCAGACCUUAUCCUGCCUGUGCCGGCCUUCAACGUGAUCAAUGGUGGCUCUCAUGCUGGGAACAAGCUGGCCAUGCAGGAGUUUAUGAUCCUCCCAGUGGGUGCUGAGAGCUUUCGGGAUGCCAUGCGACUUGGGGCGGAGGUCUACCACACACUCAAGGGGGUCAUCAAGGACAAGUAUGGCAAGGAUGCCACCAAUGUGGGAGAUGAAGGUGGCUUUGCCCCCAAUAUCCUGGAGAACAGUGAAGCCUUGGAACUGGUGAAGGAAGCCAUCGACAAGGCUGGCUACACAGAAAAGAUCGUUAUUGGCAUGGAUGUCGCUGCCUCAGAGUUUUAUCGUGAUGGCAAAUAUGACUUGGACUUCAAGUCUCCUGCUGAUCCUUCCCGAUAUAUCACUGGGGACCAGCUAGGGGCCCUCUACCAGGACUUUGUCAGGGACUAUCCUGUGGUUUCCAUUGAGGACCCAUUUGACCAGGAUGAUUGGGCUGCCUGGUCGAAGUUCACAGCCAAUGUAGGGAUCCAGAUUGUGGGCGAUGACCUGACAGUAACCAACCCAAAGCGUAUUGAGCGGGCAGUGGAGGAAAAGGCCUGCAACUGUCUGCUGCUCAAGGUCAACCAGAUUGGUUCCGUCACUGAAGCCAUCCAAGCGUGCAAGCUGGCCCAGGAGAAUGGCUGGGGGGUCAUGGUGAGUCAUCGCUCAGGAGAAACUGAGGACACAUUCAUUGCCGACCUGGUGGUGGGGCUGUGCACAGGCCAGAUCAAGACUGGUGCCCCGUGCCGUUCUGAGCGUCUGGCUAAGUACAAUCAGCUCAUGAGAAUUGAAGAAGAGCUGGGGGAUGAAGCUCGCUUUGCAGGACAUAAUUUCCGCAAUCCCAGCGUGCUGUGAUCCCACUAUUUUCCUGGAGACUUGGAACCCUGCUCCUCUCCUCCUGGAACCUCUUCCUGUCCUGCUCUGUGAUAUUUCACUCCACACACCCCGGCUGACCUGCUGCGCCUUGGCUUGUCCAGCCCCUGCUGUUUCUGCUCUCCCCCUCUCUGGGUUCCACACUCUCCACUUCUCUUUCCUUUCUAUUCUCUCCUCAAAAACUGGCUGUGAGACUGAGGAUUAUAAGGGGGUCCAUGGAAGAACGAUCAGGGGCUGUGACUAGAGCAUCAGGGUUAGUUUUUGAGAUGUUCGGAGAGGGGCCACGUGUCACUUUUGCUUUGUACUGGUUCCACGUUACACAUGAGCUGGGAACUGCAUAGUGCUGAGGUGGAGGGGGGUGCUGGCUGCAUGGUCAUGCCUAGCCUAAGACUUUAGUGUAUUAGUCAUUCAUUUAUUUAUUUUUUAUUCAUCCGGUUAAUUAACUAAUCAUUUCCCCAUAACUCCAGGUCGAAAAACUGGCCUGACUGGAGGGGACUAUGCAUCUGUAUUUCAUGUGGCUGUAGAUUCUAAGAUUUCCUGGGGCAGGAGGUCUUGCUGGAAUGGGAAGGGUAACAGAAAAGGGCCUUGAUGGCAGUUCCUUUGUGUGUGCCAACCCUUACCUGAAGCCUGGCUCAGUCCAGAGGUGGGACUGUGUGCCUGGCGGCUCUUCCCUGAUAACUCCCCCAGCCUUAGCUUCCCUCUUCUUCCUGCAGCUGCACCAUAACAAUGUCUCACUCCCCUGUGCCAUGUUCCACAGUGGCCACCACCUCUGUGCUGUUGAAAUGAGCACCACCAUUAAAGUCUGAAUC